CGUACAUCGCUAGAGGAGGAGAACGGACGAGAGGUAAACCAGAAAAAGAGGAGAACGGGAGAGGGUGCUGACAUCUGAGGUGGAAACCUCAUCUGUGACAAAUACCUCUACCUGCAGAUACGUAGAGCAUAUGUCUUGAGUGCUUCCAUGGUGAUAACCCGCUGCUGAUUCGCUGAAACCUUGAUGAUGCGCUGACUCUACAUCAUGGCCCAUGAGGCUCUGUGGAAAUACCCACAAUCCUCAGCUCCCUGAUAUACACUGACAGUGUCUCCGGCUCAAAGAGAAAACCUGUACAAGCCAUGAUGUCAGUCUGCGUGCCCUCACCACACAACUCAUCCCCUUCCGUGGAUGCAGCCAAUCGCAACGGGCCCUCUGCAACUCCGCCCACUUCCCUCAGUUUGCGUUCCUCACACAAUCAGUUGCUCAGUGGUGAUGUUAUCAAACAGGGCCAGGCCACGCCCCCAAAGUGCCGGAAGAAGUAUGCUCUAACAAGUAUUCAGAGUGCAAUGGGUCUCGGCGAAGGUGUGAUGCCACCAUCAUCUUCAUCAGCAACUACUGCCAACCCUAAACUGGCCAAAAACGGUGCAAAUCAGUUACGCAAAGCUGCCGAGAGACAGGACCACAACAAAAACACUACUGAAGAAGAGGAAGAAGAUGAAGAUGGAAACACAGCAGCCCAAUCAGAGCUCAGCAUCGACGAUGAGUUGAGGAAUAUUGAGGAAUUAAGUCUGGACAGCGAGUCUAAUGUCGACGACGUUCACAGUGACUUUGACGCCAACAACGAGCUUGUCGAUGAGGAAGUAAACAAGUUAAUUGAAGAUGACACUAAUGAGGAGGAUCACGUUGAGAAUUGUGAUGACCUGCUCAUUCUAUCUGAGAAAAGCGAAAUCGUUUCAGACAAGAAGUCCCCUGAGCACCUUAAGACCAAGAGUUAUCUGGAGUCAUGCCUGGAUGGUCUGUCAUACCAGCUGCCUGAUUCGCAAGACGACGACAUCACUAAGCCUUUGCUGGAGAACAAGAAGGAUCCCUGUCCCGCAUCUCCAAGAAAACCACAGAGCCCCGAGGACACACCCCUGCUGUCUGUCGGCUCUUCAUCUUCCUCUUCCUCGCCAGAGACAAAAAAAGACAGACCACGCACAGGAGCCAAGACAGACAGGGCACUAAACCGCAUCCAGAACCUUCCACACAGCGAUGAGGAGUCUAGCUGGACCACACUGUCACAGGACAGCGCUUCGCUGGGCUCACCUGAAGAGAGCGAUAUCUGGGGCGAGCAGUCAUUUCAGACAGACCCUGAUUUGCCUCCAGGAUGGAAGAUGAUGACAGACAUGGCUGGUAUUUAUUACUGGCACAUUCCAACGGGCACCACACAGUGGGAGCGGCCCGCCCCAUGCCAUCCAGUGCCAACUGGACCCAGCCAUGCCAGCCGCAAACACUCACUGGGUUCCCUGUCGCCUUCACCCACCCCAGAUCAUGAGUCGAUGUCUCAUGCCGAUGUGUUUUUCGGAGCGUCGAGUCGUUCGGGCAGCACCACUUCUGACAGUUCGUCUGAGCCCGCUCCCAUCCCGUCUUCUUCAUGUCUGGACCCGACCCCCAUCCUGUCCUCAAACUCAUCCUCAUCCUCUGACGCAAAUGUUCCUUCCUGUGGAUUCGUCAACAGCUGCUACUUUCCUCGCUCCUCAUCCCUACAGAUAAUGCCAGGGAAGGACAGACACUCAGAGGCUCGCCAUCGGGAAGAGGACAAGAAACAGCCAUGGAGUGAUUUUGCAGUGGGAAAGAUUGAUAGUGAGAUCUGGAAGGAUCUACAGGCGGCCACAGUAAACCCUGACCCCAGUCUGAAAGAGUUUGAAGGCGCAACUCUCCGCUACGCCUCCCUUAAGCUACGAAACCCUGCUCCUGUGGAAGAGGAAGAUUCCAGCAGCAUUAACAGUGACCCUGAGGCCAAGUGUUUUGCCGUGCGCUCUCUCGGUUGGGUAGAGAUGGCUGAAGAGGAUUUGGCUCCGGGUAAAAGCAGUGUCGCUGUAAACAACUGCAUUCGUCAACUGUCCUACUGCAAGAAUGACAUACGAGACACUGUGGGCAUCUGGGGAGAGGGGAAGGACAUGUACCUCAUUCUGGAAAAUAACAUGCUGAAUCUGGUUGACCCAAUGGAUCGGAGCGUCCUCCACUCUCAGCCAAUCGCAAGCAUCCGUGUGUGGGGCGUUGGCCGUGACAAUGGAAGGGAUUUUGCAUACGUGGCACGAGAUAAGGACACCCGGAUAUUAAAAUGUCAUGUUUUCCGCUGUGACACCCCUGCCAAAGCCAUCGCCACCAGUCUGCACGAAAUCUGCUCUAGGAUCAUGGCAGAGCGCAAGAAUGCCAAAGCUAUGGCUGGAGGAUCCCUACAGGACAGAACACAUGCUGGCCUCGACGUCCCAUUACAAGCAGAGUUUCCCACACCAAAGACUGAACUGGUGCAGAAGUUCCAGGUGUUAUAUGUUGGCAUGAUGCCAGUUGCCAGACCUAUAGGCAUGGACAUUCUCAAUGGCGCAAUAGACACUUUGGUAACAUCAUCAAUCCGAGAUGACUGGAUCCCUGUGCUGUUGAAUGUAGCUGAUGCGACAGUCACAGUCAUCAAGGAAAAGGAGGAAGACGAGGUCCUAGUGGAGUGUCGUGUGCGUUUCCUGUCAUUCAUGGGAGUAGGAAAGGAUGUGCAUUCUUUUGCGUUCAUCAUGGACUCUGGGAACCAACACUUUGAGUGCCAUGUGUUUUGGUGUGAUCCCAAUGCUGGCAAUGUGUCAGAGGCUGUCCAGGCAGCGUGCAUGUUGAGGUAUCAGAAGUGUCUGGUGGCGCGUCCUCCAUCUCAGAAAGCCUGCUCACAGGCGGCCCCUGCUGAUUCAGUCACCCGCCGCGUCUCCACCAGCGUCAAACGUGGAGUUCUGUCUCUCAUCGACACGCUCAAACAGAAGAGACCCGUCACUGAGCUGCCUCAGUGAUCUGACACGCACACUCACCGUCACGCUCUGCAUGCUUAUAACUAUCCGAAUGUCCUGUACAUACCUGUCCGGUCACAUGGUGGAGAUGAAGAGGAUCACAAGGAUGAAAAAUCAGAAAAUAAAGCUGAUGCCAAGAAAAUACACCCUUUACUCACACACUCACAAGUACAUCAGAUCUACUAUACAAGCCUCUCUCUCUUCCGAUGUCAAUCAUGCAUAUAUUUGCAUGGGAAGCCACGCCUCUCCAGCAUGACAGCAAUCAACAGGCUCUGCCCACCUAGAAGAACCGCCUCAUCUAGAAUAAGCCUGAUCAAAGAGAGAACUUGAUUGGAAGAAUGUUUGUGCAUAUGAGAACAAAUACGGCUGCUUGUUCAUUUCAUCGAGUUCAUCAUCGCUGCAUGAUCAUAUGUAAGUGUGGAUGUAUAGAAGAGCUGAAGGAUUCUACUGUCCUAAAGUGUCCUAAAAAGCAAGGUUUUAUUUUUUGUUUCCCUCUUUAUUAUCCUGCCGAACACAAAAGCAGAUUCGAUGGAUAGGAGAUGGGGAUUUCAUAAAACUCAAAACUUGGUUGCGUUGCGUUCGAUUCAAAGUAGGAUAUUCCUGUUUGAUACCUUUUGAAUGUUUAAUGCUCAGUGUAUGGUAUGUAAGGUGCGGUCACAUUAGCAAUAUUUUGGCUGGAUUUGGUUGGCACUAAGGUCUACUGUCAUUAGUGUAGUGAUGUAGAAAGCAUUUAUAACAAUACUAGCCAUUACUAGGUGUUCAGGGAGCAUCUGGACUUUUGAAAGAACACAUUGGUGGGGGUUUAUUUUAGGUGCAAAAAGACGAUUUGAAACAUUAUAAUUGCUUGCAACAGAAUGCAUUAUUGCAUACAUAAAUGAAAAUACACCUCUAUAUACAUUUCUGGAGAUCGCAAAAUAUGUCCCAGCGGGUACGAUUUUUUGCAGUUUUUGUUUUCUCUAAUCCACGAGAAGCUGCUUCGAACGCUUUUUGCGAUCUCGGAUCUUUCUCGCGAGUGCCAUUCACUGCAGUUCUUGCGUAAGCUCACUAGAGGACCCUCAUCUGAUUUUUACCACUGGACUCGAACCCUGUCGUCGUGGUCAACUCCUCUCUGCGUCUCAAGUCCGCCAACGUACAUGGCAAGCUAACGGCACAAACUUGUUACAGUGGGAAAGCUGUCCAUAGGAAGGAAUGUAGUCAGCUGGUAAGUGCGAAAAGGAAUGGCGUCAUACCGCCAUAUUUAAAAAAUGAAAUGCAGCCAUAUGUACCUCCGGCUACAUAUAUCGCAGUCUUCAGAAACGUGUAUAGGGCUACAAUUUCAGAAUGAGCCUAUGUUGUUUGUUUGUCACUUGGCUUUUUUCCAUUGUGUGCGAUUUCUGUCCAAAAGCGUCAAAAAAAGUUUGUGCUUUAAAAUCGAGUUGCGGUAUGUUUUGAUCCGCUUACACAUGCAACAAUGGCGUAUAUUGUUUGUACCAACUAGUUUGUUGUUCAUCUUCCAUCUCUUUUGUUUUUUCAUUUGCGAAACACUGGACAGGUUCAGUGUUGACACCUUGUGGGCAAAUUAAAUAGUGCAAAAACAGUUGAACAGAACACAUUUUCAAAGCAUCGGUGAGAUAAAGCGAAGGCCUCAAGGUGCAACUUUUUCAAGGUUGAGCUUUUCUUAAUGAGUGCCACAUUUUUGUAACAUCCACUGUCCUAUUGCCUUAUAACAAGAGUGUCACAUGUCAAAAGAAUGAAUGAGAGACAUGCGUUUAUUACAGUCUACAUGCAUCCAUUGUAGACAGAAUAACUGAUUAAACUUGCCCCACUCAGGUUUCGCUCCAGUUUUUACUAAUGUUAUUAGAUGAGCUAGUGAACCUUUUCCAUAUAUAGCUGGGUUUCCACUCUAAUGUAUAGUAAAUCUUUUCAAAGUUCACUAAAAAUAAAAAUAAAUCAAAUCCCAAAUGUGAAUUAGGUGCAUUUCCGUCAAGUUGUUUGAGCGGCCGACUGUAGUACUGGUAACCUCGUAACCAACAGUAAACAAGGCAAACAUAAUGGAGUCAUGUGAAUUUAAUAUUCACUACGUAAGAAUUUAUUUGGCAAAUGUUUCCAUCUCCCGUUUUUCACGUUAACCCUGUUUCACACAAGUCCCAGACCACCUAAAGUGAGUGUGAAAAUGUUUUUAGAAAAAAAAUAUGAGAUUUAUUUGAAAUUUGGCUUUGCGAUGCUCCUUUCUCAUGUGACACUUCAAAAUGCACAUUAACACACAGUGAUGGAAACCCAGCUUUUCGUGUUCAAUGGCUUCAGUGUUUCAGUCAAUUUUCUGUAGCAUAGCAUAGCUGCUAAAUGUCUCAUAAACAGAUUGUAUAGCAUCUAGAAUUGAUGCUAAUUAUAUUUCACCCUCAAGGAAAGUUUUAGAUGCCUGGAAUAGGCAAUUACAGUAAGUCUUGGCUGUAAAAAUUCGCUGAACAACAGUAUAUGUGACCGCACCUUCAGGCAACAACAACAAAAAACACCAUAACGCAACCAAGUUUCUAGCAAACUGCAGAGAAUAAAUGCCACUACAUAAUGAACUAGUUAGAAGGUGAAGUGAUGUUCCUUUACACUUUUCCAAGAAGAAAGAUAAAAUGUUGCAUUUUAUCAUCAAAAGUCAUCGAUGCUCUCACCAAACCAUAUAUUUUCUUCAUGAAUAUCUUCAACAUCAGUUAAUGAGGAGGCUUGGUAAAAAAUAUCACCAACAACAACACACAUGGAAGGACGUGAGCUGUAGAUGUAAAGUAUGAAUGUGCUUUUUAUAUUUCCAAAGUGAAAUUGCCUUUCGUUUCUUUGAAAGAGAGAAUGUCUCAGAGGAGAACAGACGUCGAAAACACAAGAGGCGGAAAUAACUUUGCUUAGAGCCAAACAGUUCAAUGGUGUCAAUUCUGCUUCGAACCCCAGUGUAGUGCUUAGCUCCUUCAGAGCUUCUUCGGUGACUCAAAGUCCAAAAAUAGCUGACUAAUAGGAACUAAUCUGCUAGUGAAAGAAACUCGGAUGUCUGUGAAGAGCUAUUUUUGAGUUUCAGUAUCUACUCCUCACGUUUGGAUGCCAUUAGUGGCUCUACAUCUCCUGGUUGCGCUUCACAAACGUUCCACGCGCCACCUUGGUCUUGCUGUACUCUGGCGUGCCACUUGUAGUCCUAGACUUGCCCUUUUUUCCACAAGGGUUUCGACGAGUCACUUUUGUGUGUACAUAAAGUAUCUAUAUAUAGCAAUUGUCAUAUCAUAAGGCUUUAUUUUUCAAAUGUCAGAUUCUCUUAUUUUGUCACGAUUUAUUUUUCUGUCAUGUUAUUUUGGUCAUACUUGCCUUGGCAUGUCUUGUGAUCCCGUUUAUUCUGCCCACAUUGUAAAAACAAAAGAAAACGAAAUCAUGUACGUGUUGUAGAUAAAUCAAUUGACAACAAAACAAAAAAAACUGAAGAAGGCCGAAUGAUGGUAGAGAUUGUGAAUAUGAAUUUAUUUUAUGGUCUUUUAUAGGAGAGCUAGCUCUAGGGGAGAAGAUGUGAACUGUACGUGUCUAUCUAUGCAUUCUUUUAGCUCUAGAAAGAUUCGAAAGAGAGAGAGAAAAAAGACACAUUGCCUUGCAUGUCCUGGGACAAUUUAAGAAGACAAACUGUACUGAACAGAAAUGAUAUUUUUUAUUUUAUUUAUUCUAUUUUAUAUCGGUAUAUACUGGUUUCAUUGUGAUGUAUCAUAUGCUUAGACAUUCUUUACCCUGUUUCAGACAAUAAAGCAAGCUACAAAUGUCAAUCCAAAAACACACUGUACAGUAACAGAGCUGCUGAUGCACAGCGCUGCCUGCCAUGGUUACGUUACAGUCGAAAGGCCUUUAGGACCUUUACAUUCUGCCCAAACAAAUAUUAGAUACAAUAUAGAAUACAUAUACAAUAUAGAAUAUGCUAUCAAUUGAUUAUUGGGAUAUUUCAGACACAAGUGUUACAGGUUAAGCCUGAGAUUAAUGGAUUAUUUACACAAUAGCCUUGUUUACACCUUGAUGUAUUUUUUUUUUGUCAAUCUGACCACAAGUGGAUGAUGUUGAAUACAAGUGUAAAUGGGGUGUCAAAUAUUUUGGGAAAUCUUUUAGAGGUAGUUGGAAAUGCAUUUGAUCCAUUUGCUUGAUGCUUACCUUAUUUAAAGAAAUCAUUCCCCAAAAUAAUGAAUAUUUCAAGUGGUUCCAAGCCUUUAUGGGUUUCUUUAUUCUGUUGAACUCACACACAUCUAUUUGGGGGCUUCCCAUUGAUGUAAUGAUUUUAUACUGUACACACUGUAUAUUCUCUCCCUCUAGCCAUAAACACAAACCUCACAGAAAACAAUCUGCAUUUUCACAUUUUCAAUAUACUUCAUUUUGUCUGAUUUAUGAGGACCAAAAUUAUAAAGUUCAAAAUUUACUGGUAUUGCUAUAUUUGUGGGGACAUUUGGUCCAGACAAUGUUAGGAAUAAAAGGUACACACACAAACACACACACACACACACACAUGUUUUGAAGGAUGAAAAUCAGUAAACUUGACAUCUAUAGUAUACUGCAAAAAAAAAAAAAAAAAGUUGACAACCUAAAAUUUUAAGGCAACCAGCUUCAGAAAACUUUAAUCGAGUCAAGUGCAGUACUCGGGUUGAAAGUUAAAACAAAAAAGCUCUGUAGCAAGUUGCCUUCAAUUUUGCCUACAAUUUUAAGUUUAGUCAAAAAAUUUUUACAGUGUAGGAUAAAGUAAUACUAUGGAAGUCCAUUAAAAGCGAUUUUCAUGUUUCUUCCAAAUAUCUUCUUUUGUGUUUAGCAGAAGAAAGAAACUCAAACAGGUUUGGAACAAGUAAUAGGUGAGAAGAUUUUCACUUUUGAGUGAACCAUUUUUGGACUAUGUUGUGAGAAAGUGCAUCAAGACAAGGUAUUCAACCAAAAGUAGAUUACGAUUGAAAUCUUAGUCGCUAUUCACAUUCCUUUUGUCAUUUGCUCAUAAGUCUUUGAAAUUUGUUUAUCAAAUAGAGUACUGCUUUGAAAGUUAUGCAGUGAAAAUAGAUAAAGUUCUUGCAGGAACAUUGUUUAUAGCUUUGAUUUGAUGCAUUUCAAAAAUGGGUUGCCAGAGACUGAAAUGUGUCCUUUUAGGAGGGCAUUUACAUGACACAUUUUUUCAACUAAAAUAGAACGUUCUAUGCAUUUUGGCUGUUUGUUUAGAUGACAACAGUAUUUUGGUAGUCUGAAACUGAAAAUCACAGCAGUAUAGUAUCCAUGGAAAUUAUUAGAACAACGUUUUAGUGAAAACUGUGCAUUGUGUGCAUGCAUACUUCAUGUAAAAGAGAUAUUGCUAACUACUGGCCUGGUAUGCACAAUAAAGCACUAUAGACAUUUUCACAGGUCCAAAAUUAGAUCUGUAUUAAAAAAAGUAACUUUUUUACAUCACUGUAAUGUAAACAUAACCUAAUAAUGCAUGUUUACAUUCACAAAACUAUUAAAAAGCUGUGCAAAUAUUUUGGAAGCAGUGAAAGCUCUUAUAGUAACAAAAUGGGGGCUAGUAUCUUUUUAAUAAUUGAUAUAUUGUAUUACACACGUAUCUUAUGUAAUAAAUGGAAUAUGAUAUAUAUUAUAUUGUAUUUAAUAUAUGUAUAUAUAUAUUACACAACAAAUCACUCUCAUAAUCUAAUUCAUCAAUGACCAAAAUGAAAUAUUUGUUUGGGCAGCAUGUAGAUGUUCAGCUAGCUCUAUUACAACCAUUACUCCUUUAUCUUGACUGCACACGAGCCAUCAAAUUCCGUUUUUACCUUGAGGAUAAUCAGAGUAUGAAAUGAGAUGGCAAAAUGUGUAAAACUCAAUCUGCCUGUGUACUGCACUCCUUUAGUCUCUCCCACUUCUUCACUUUUGUGGACUGUUUUUUUUUUUUUAUUUGACUCUGAUGAUGAUGGGUCUUUACAACUCAGCAUUUCCCUUUAGAUCACAUUUUAGAGUAGUGUGAAAGGGGUGAAUAAGAAUAAGAAUCUUACUUUCUAUUCAGAAACAAAUUCAGUGGCAACUGACAAAGUCAGCUGUUGUAAGAGGGAGGAGGCUUAUGGGUAAUGUAGUCCAGUACAAUAUCUCAGCAUAGAAUCGUCAUUCUCAUGUUAGCAAGAGUAGUGUGUUCGAGUGACUUUAGUGUUCUUGCAUGGUGAAACACUCUGAUCGAUGACUAUCAGGGCAAAGCUCAUCACAAGGAUUAACAAAGCUAAGAAUUAACACUCUACUGGUCAAAUACACACUCAAACACACCGUUUUGUGGCUUUCUCUGCUCUACACUAAUUUGUACACCAUAUAAAUGUAAACUGUUGUGAAAAUAAAUGGCAUAUCACAAAAUA